AAAAUUAGCCGUUCUUGGCUCUAGUCUUUCUCUCCCCCUCCCUCUCCUUUUUUCCCAGCCGCUUCCUCCGCACACUUACUCCGCAUCCUCCCAUUCAUCAUCCGCCAUCCUCUUACUCUCUCGCCUCCUUGCCAGGGCACAGCAUCCUCAUUCAUUCAUCCCUGGCUUUCUUUAUUUUUUAUUUUUAUUUUUUCCAUCGCACCAUCUCUAUCACUUCGCACUGCACACCUUCCCAGCACCUCAUAAUCCUUGUUGCUCUCUUGAUUAUCCUGCUGGCAUCCCUCACCUUCUCUUUCAUCCUCCCCUUUGCAUUUGAUUCCAAAGAUCCGUGGGCGAGCCAUCGUUCGAUUCCGCACCCUCCUCCUCUCUCCCUCUUUUUGACACUCAAAGGAUCCCCGAAAAUAAUCCUCGAUCAAACAGCCACGACUUCGAAUCGAUCUCUGAAUCAUCCGCCAUGAUCCCCUCGUCUGGUCUGCAGCAGCUGCUCCACCACUCCGGCACAGCCUCGCUCGCUCCCGACGCAUUUGACCCCUGGAUCUACUCCCUCUUCGCCUCUUCUUCAGACGCAAUCAUCGCCUGCGACCUCAAUGGCAUAGUCUGCGCGUGGAAUCAGGGGGCACAUCAUAUCUUUGGCAUUCCCUCGAAGCAGUCGCUCGGCAAGGAUUUAAACCAACUCUUGCUCAGCACAACUUCAUUAUCCAAAAGUAGCUGCUCAACAGCAGCAACAUUAUCUUCAGUAGCACCAGUAGCACCAGCAGCAUCAGCUGCAUUGGCACCACCGCCAUUAUCAUCAUCGUCAGCGCCCUCAGAGCCUGAACUAUACCCCUGCACUCUGGAGCAGCUACGAGCCUUGAAAGGAGCAUCCAUCAAGCGGAUCGUCAGCAGAAACGUGAAAGAUCGGACGCAGCACACUUUUUUAGAGUCCAUAUCGCCAGUGUACCAUCAACAGCAGCAACAGGCAACAGAAGCAAGUGAAUGUGACAGUGGAUCUCAUAGCCAUGGUACCAAUGGUAUCAGCAGUGGCAAUAGAAAUGGCACCCAUGUCGUACCCAACGGUUGCGAUUACAGCCACAACUACAGCCAUUUCAAGACAUGGAUAGGGACAGGGACAGGAACUGAGACAACGAGUCCCGCACUGGCUGGAUACUCCGUCAUCCUCACCGAUCUGUCCACACUGCCAAACUCCCCUGUCUCGGCCGUCUACUCUCCGCAGCUGCAGUCAUCGUCAUCGUCAUUAUCUCCGCCACCACGACCUCCUCCUCCACCAGUACCGCUACCACCAACGCCGACUUCCUUUAGCACCCUUUUUUCUGAUGCUACACCAGAAACGGUGCCGCCAACUCUACCCGCAACCACAGGGCCUGCAAUCGACUCCAUAGUAUCGACCACAGUCACUGCUAAGGAUACUUCGACAAUGACAGCUUCAAUUGCCAAAUAUACCACAUCCGUAUCCACACCAUCAUCUGCAGCACUCAGCACGACAGCGGUUUGCCUCUCGCCUGCAGCGGAGGAGGACAAACAGGAAGAGUCCUCCUUCAGGUUCCCAGCCAUCAGCAUUCGCCCAACAACCUCUCGUGAGUAUUCAACUGACUCGGGCUUUGACGAGCGAUCAAUUGCAUCUAAAUCAUCAACGACGGCCGCUUCCCUCAGUUCUAUGGGGGUCGUCAGCACACCGCCACUACCUCCUACUUCAGUGACUGGUGAGCGUCCAAAAGCUGUGCGCAUUCCAGUGGUACAGCUUUCUCCGUUGGAUCCUGUCCCUGGCCCUGGCCCAGGUAAGCUUUCUGGUUCAAAUUUAAGCGCAUUUUUUGCUACGAUUACACAGUACCGCACUAUUCCCAUUUUGAGGUAUUGCUGCUCCGCCAAUGUCCAAUACUGUUUGCAUUGCCCAUCGAACGCCUCUUCCUCUUCCCUGUUCUCUCCUUUUCCAUCUCGCAGAAUUUUGAGCCCAGUAUAUUUUGAUCUUGCGAGGGUCAUGGUAGAGAAUAAGAUUGGCGCCCCGAGAUAAUUUUUUCGCUAUAUGACCAUGGAGCACCGAGUUCAUUCAAACAUGGCCGCAUUGAAUCGCUCCAAGGGCUAUCUUCCUCUUUUUAUUUUGUUGCACCCAGGAAUAUCAGCCCUCGAUAAUUGUUCGCCAUCAAGCAGCAUGGAUGCUGAUGAUGUGGAUAUUGGGAUGAAUUUUAUUUAUAAUGGGAACAGGACGGCACAAAUGCAGAUCAGGUCAACCGCCCAUGCACCCUAGUGCGUGUACCUCCGCUGUAAUGGACGAUAAAGUGCCCUUUACUUGCUCCCUUAACUCUCUUUUACUUCGCCCUACCUUCUCCAAAGUUAUUUUUUUUUUAUUUUUUUUUUUAGUCCUAUUAUUUUGAUGUGUGAUGAAGGACACCAAAACGCGUUGUUUUCGG